UUCUCCCAGUAGCGAUAAGAGUGUUGUAGAGAUGUUUGAACCGACGGCCGGCCCAAGCGCCACCGAAAAGCGACCGAACCAAACCGACCAAGCGGACAAUGCGAUGGAUAAGCAUCUCAAGAACCUCAAUCUUGACAGUCUGAUAGAGACGGACAUAGUAGAGUACAUGGAGAAUCUUAAGGAGAAGCAUCUGGAAAGUGUACAGACCGUGCAGGGUAGUAGUGACAGCACAGUUCCCUCACAACCGGGUAGUGUUACACCGGCAGUAGUUGCCUCACCGCCACCGAUAGCACGCUCACUUCCGACCACUGACACCACCACCGGUACCGUUACACAGACAUUACAGACCACAGCCACACAGCACCAUACGACCGUUACGUCUCCUCCCCAGAUUUCCUUCUCCUCUUCCCCGAAGAAAUCCCAAUCCGAUGCGCCCACCGCAUCCACCAGCCAGCAGGAGAUGCAAUCGUCCAGCUCCGGGUCGGGCAAAAGCGAUGACAGCUGCUCGGAGCAGACGGGCGAGAAACCGUCACCUACGGGCGUUACGAAGGAACGGCUUAGCUCGUCCGAGGGUGACGGUGGUUCGCAGCCCGAGCAGCGUUACACGCUGAGUGCAUCGUCAGCAAACUCUUCGCCCGAUGGUACGCUGAGCCCGAAGCUGGAGAAAACCAAAUCGCCCAAGCGCAUGAAAUCGGUGGAACGUGAAAAGAGCCCAAUACGUAUCAUCAAGAUCAAGUCGCCGAGAAAUAGCAUCGACAUCGAGCGGCACGUACGCAUCGAGAAGAGCCCGGAUAGGGCGAGGCGUGCCUCCAGCCCAAGUGCUGCUGGUGCUGGGGGCGCUACGGGUAAGAAAGCAUCCGAGGGUGGUAUACUGAAGAAGAAGCAACCGAACGGAGGCGGUAUCGUUGGUGGAAUUUUGAAGCGUUCCUCCAGCCCCUCGGUUGGCAGCAAACCGUCGGAAAGUUCGGAUAGUACCGCGUCCAAAACGGACGCCAACCUAUCCUCCGACUAUAAGCAAUAUCAAACGGCUACGGGCAAUCGGUGCUAUCUGUCGCUGUCCAGCGAAUAUCUCGGCGUCGAGAAGGACUAUCCACAUAUCUAUCAGAAUACACGCGAAGAGAAGGUGCGCCGUGCGAAGCGCAGUGCGUCCGUUGGCAGCGCGGAACGUAUGCGCUCGAUGGAGGGCUAUGAAUCUUCCUGCGGGUAUUCGCCAAAUACUAGCUUCGACGCUUCCUCGGUUGAGGGUAGCAAGAAGCGAUACAGCAUCUCCUCCGAACGGUCUAACAAUGACUACAGAAAAUCGUACAGCCGCUCCAGCUCACCGCUGAACGUGUACAGCCGCGAUGUGUCCCCGAGCCGUUGCUAUGCGCGCGGUCUCUCGCCACAAACUUCCCUGACCCGUGGGCUUUCCCUAUCUCCGCAAUCCUCCUUCAAAGGAAUCUCCCCCCAGAGCUCAUUCAGCCGAGGGCCUUCACCGCAGCGUGGAUAUAACAGUCGUGGACCAUCACCACAGCGCUCUGGUCACACGAGCCGUGGCGCUUCUCCAAUGCGUGGUGGCUACUAUCGCGGUAGUACCUCACCGCACAGCUACGGGCGUGGCUUAUCACCACAGCAAAGCUACAGUAGCCGUGGUCCUUCACCGACCCGUGCUGGAUAUCCUCGCGGACUGUCCCCCCAGCGUCGAGGAAGCCGCCAUUACUCACCGCCGAAAGAUCACCACCGGGGUGGAGUAUCCCCUCAGCGGUUCUACAGCCGCGUGCCUUCCCCCGAACGGCACUACGAACGACCCCGUGGUCCGAUGCCCAUCCCGAAAAGUCACAGUCGCGGUGCCUCACCACAGCGCACGUACCGGUUGACGCCUUCGAGGUCGAUCGAUAGCUCCUCGUUCCUAGAUUACGAUGAAAAUCCAAACCUUCAUUAUGCUCGCAUCGAGCACGAUCGGCGCGCCUACCAGCAGCAGCACCAGCAGCAACUGCAACAGCAACAUCAGCAUCACCUGCAACAGCAGCAGUACGCUUCCCAGCCGCACGCUUCUUGUAUGGAGUGUAUCAUGCAGGACAUGAAGCCUCCAUAGCAAAAAGCCCGCGCACGGCAAAGUCGUGCGCGGAAGAAAUCGUCCCGGGCCAGGCUGUACCAUCAGGCCAGCUUCGACAAGUCGCCAUCGUUCGAUCACGAUGAGAUUCACGUU